AUGUCUUCACCAAUUCCACUUAUCGCAGCCGCAACUAAUUUAACAACAAGUGUUGUUAAUGAUUUGGUAAGUAUCUUUAGAUAUUAUUUAAAACAUAUCCAUGAUUAUCCGAGAAGCCAGAUAAGCUAUUCAGAUAAUUUAUUGAAUCCCGGGUAAAGUACUUCAAACCAAAAAAAAAGGAAAGAGUAAAACAUUUCUGCUCCACCCUAACUGAUAACAACUAUCAAAAAAUGUUUGAGGAAUACUUUCAUUUCCGUUUUAUCAGUCAGUUUGUAUCAUUUUACCGUAUUCGCGAAAUAUUUCUAAAAUAUUGAACAGAUUCUGAAGUAAUACUGUAUCCCAUUUCAAUGUUUUGUCUAACUAUUGAGCGCUUGUAUAUCUUCAAAAGAACUUGUGUUAAAUCUACAGGAAUAAGUGCUCCUGGAAUGUUCCUAGAUCAACAUUUCACCGUAAUGCACAGGAAUAAUCAAAUUUGCUCUAUUGCACACAAAAUUUGUGUGAAGGAAAAUUGCGGAAAUGAUUUUCACAAGCAUUUAGUUUUCUCAACAAAAACCGAAAAAUUUGAAUCCGUAUAUUUUCCAUAUACCAAAACCCAGUCUUGUUCAAUCUAGUUCAGUUCAAAACUUUUGAUACCCUCGAAAAUGAGAAUCGUGUUUUCUACAGUAUUUUUCGUUAUUGUUAGUAGCUUCUUCUUCUUCUUCUUCCUUGUCCAAUUUAUUUUGGUAGCUUCUUUUUCAUUUUCUUUUGUUUAUACUGUCCGCCGAUGUCCAGUACCGUGACAAUUUUGUGUCUGUGUCUCUUUUUAGAACUACAGUACCCCCCAAUUCGCUGACAAAUAUACCAAAAUUUUGUUGUUAUCAGUCAACAUCGAAAAAUAUAUAUUUGGAAGCGAAGAAAAACUGAAAAUUCCGAGAAACUCAAACAUUUUUUUGACUUAAAUUUGAGAGAAACAAAUGAUGAUUAUUCUAUACCUCCCAAAAACCUCGGAAUAAAUCAAAAAAUAUAGUUUGCCCCGCCCAUUUCAUAAUUCUCAUUGGUUCGCCAAAAAGUGGGCGGAGUCUUUCGAAUUACGGUGGAAAUUAGAGAAUGCGCAAACAAUAGAGAGUCUAGAGAAAAGUUGGGCGGUUCGAUGAGGCGACAAAAUCGCAUUUUGUGUGUUGUGUUGAUGGGCCACGGCCGAAAGAAGGAUGAGCCGUUUUGACGAGAAGAGUUCGUCUCUGUUUUUUAAUACCCUAAGAUUUAGGACCUUAAUCCGGCUCGGAUUUAAUUUUUUUUCCGUUUGGGCCUUGGGGGGAGGGAAAAGGGGCUUUCUCAUUGAAUUUUUAUUUUUAUUCUUCUUGUUUGUACGUUAUGGGUGAGACCAAUUUUUGUGUUUUGUAAAAAAAUUAUUGAUUUUAUUAUAUUUACAGAUUACAUCUUCUCGAAGUCCAACUGGAAGUGUUGUAGCACAAACAGCAGUAAACAUGAACGGUGGAAACUUUGUAAGUUUAUUCAAAAAAUGUUCAAAAAAUUCUUUCAACAAUAAAUAUUCCUAAUGAAAAUCUAUAGAAAAAUUGGAAUUUUUUGUAAUUUUAAUUCACCACGAAAAUGAAGUUGAAAACAUUGAAUAUAAAUUAAUUGUUUUUUAAGCUCGAAUAAUUUUGGGAAAAAUAAAUUACAGCUUCUUGGUUUUCACCAAUUUUACAAAUAAUAAUUCAAAAUUUAUAUACUUCACCAAAACGUAUAUAUAUAUGUGUUUUCCCCCAUUCCUAACCAAUAUCCACUUCUAUCUACCUUUCCAUGUGUUGUUUUCUAUCUCAUCUCACCAAAUUCAGGGUGUUGUUACUUUACCUGAAGAUGAUAAAAGUCGAACACAACAACAACAACUUCAAUCAACUUCACCAACACCUUCGGCUGCAAUUUCAUCAGCUUCAUCUUCUUCUGUUGCAGCAGCAACUGCCUCAACCUAUGAUCCUUCGUCAGCUUCUUUGUAUUUCCAGCUAUCGGUGUGUUUUGUGUAUAAUUUAAUUUAUUUCGAUCAAAAUUCCUAACUGAGUGCUUACGAAACAAAACCCGAAGAAAAAACCAAGUUCGAGUUUUUUUUUCUUUCGAAAAAAAAUUUGUACUCAUAUUACUAUUACUACAUUUCACCAGAUUUUCUCUUACUAAAUUUCUUAUUUUUUCCAAACUAAACUAAAAUACAUGUAUUCAUUGAUAAUGAAUGAAUUCUAUCAAUUACAGCCAAUGUCUUAUAUUCCAACUGUUUCUUCUGCACAGUCUGUUGCAAGUAUGACAGCUGCAUAUUUUGGAAACAAAGCUGCCGCUGCUGCUUAUCCUACAAGUCAUCUUGGAUUUUCUGCACCCAACAAUUUUCUGAAUCCGGGAAUGUCUUAUAUUGGAGGAAGUUUGGGAGAAUGUCCAAGUUCAACAAUGGGAUCAAUGUCAUGGAGUGCAACACAACCAAGGUUAGUUUGAAGAACAAUAUCAGAAGAAAACUAAUCGAUAUUAAUUUUCAGAGAAGACUUCAAUUUCUCACGUAAACAACGUCGUGAAAGAACAACAUUUACUCGAAAUCAGCUUGAAAUUCUUGAAUCAUAUUUCUCAAAAACUCGUUAUCCUGAUAUAUUUAUGCGUGAAGAUAUGGCGCAUAAAAUACAAUUACCAGAAUCUCGUGUUCAAGUUUGGUUCAAAAAUCGCCGUGCAAAAGCAAGACAACAAAAGAAAGCACAACAAUCUACUCAUUGUUCAAAUUCGUAAGUUUCGAGGAAAAAUUUAGUUAUUCGAAAAACAUAAAUGAUUCAGAUUCAGUAGCAGCGGACCAUCAAGUGGUGGAUCAACUGGAAGUGAAGUUCAACCAGCAAGUCCAGCAACAACUGAUGGAGAUUUGAAAUAUAAUGAUACAAUUAAAGAAGAAGAAGCUGAACAAUCAACAUCACCAUCUUCUGAUGAACAAAAACCAGUUGCGACUAGUUAUAUUACACCAAUUUCACCAACAAAUGCAUCAGUUACAACUUAUAAUGCAGCAAGUUUCCGACCACAAGCACAAUAUCCAUACGGUAUGUUUCAAUAGAAUAUUGAUUUAUAUUUUUUUAACCCAAUUUUUCUUACAGCAUAUCCAGACUUCUACCCAUAUACUCAAGCAAAUUCAGCAACUACUUAUGAUUGGAAAUUUGGGGUAUGA